AUGGGAGAGCGUGUGCUUGGCUUCUGCGACUACGAACUUGACGGAACUACCUAUCACAAGAAACCCGAAGCCUACAAAUUCGACACUGAGAACGUGAACUUCCCAAUUAAGGGACUCCGAUUCGUCGGUUUGAUGUCGAUGAUUGAUCCUCCACGAGCUGCUGUCCCAGAUGCCGUGGCCAAGUGCCGAUCUGCUGGAAUCAAAGUCGUCAUGGUUACCGGAGACCACCCUAUCACCGCCAAGGCAAUCGCCAAGUCUGUCGGAAUCAUCUCUGAAGGAUCUGAGACUGUCGAAGAUAUUGCAAUUCGUCGUGGAUGCAACGUUGAUGAUGUUGAUGCCCAUGAUGCCAAGGCUGCUGUCAUCCACGGUUCUGAACUUCGUGAAAUGAAUGAGGAGCAAUUGGCGGAAAUCAUCAGGAAUCACUCCGAGAUCGUCUUUGCCCGUACUUCUCCCCAACAAAAACUGAUGAUUGUCGAAGGAUUCCAGAAACAAGGCCAAAUUGUUGCUGUGACUGGAGACGGAGUCAACGAUUCGCCAGCUUUGAAGAAGGCCGACAUUGGAGUUGCCAUGGGUAUCGCUGGAUCUGAUGUGUCCAAACAAGCAGCCGACAUGAUUCUUCUCGAUGACAACUUUGCCUCGAUCGUCGUCGGUGUUGAGGAGGGUCGUCUCAUUUUCGAUAACUUGAAGAAAUCUAUUGCCUACACCCUGACCUCAAACAUCCCUGAGAUCUCGCCUUUCCUCACCUACAUUCUCUUCGGUAUCCCACUACCACUCGGAACCGUCACAAUUUUGUGUAUUGACUUGGGAACUGACAUGGUCCCUGCUAUCUCCCUUGCCUACGAGGAGGCUGAAGCUGAUAUCAUGAAGCGUCAACCAAGAGACCCGCUCCACGAUAAACUUGUGAAUGAAAGAUUGAUCUCACUGGCCUAUGGACAAAUCGGAAUGAUUCAGGCAUCUGCUGGUUUCUUCACAUAUUUCUGGAUCAUGGCGGAUAACGGUUUCCUUCCCAAGGACUUGUACCAACUCCGUGCUCAAUGGGAUUCCCGCGCGUACAACAACGUGCUCGACUCAUAUGGACAGGAAUGGACUUAUGCCAACAGAAAGAUUCUUGAGUACACUUGCCAGACCGCUUAUUUCGUCUCGAUCGUCGUUGUGCAAUGGGCUGACUUGAUCAUCUCAAAGACCCGUCGUAACUCGCUUGUCCAACAAGGAAUGUCUAACUGGACUCUUAACUUCGGUCUGGUGUUCGAGACUUGCUUGGCUGCCUUCAUGUGCUACUGCCCUGGACUUGACAACGGUCUUCGUAUGUAUGGACUCCGCUUCUCGUGGUGGUUCCCGGCACUUCCAUUCGCCAUUCUGAUCUUCAUCUAUGAUGAGGCUCGUCGUUACUGCAUUCGCCGUUGGCCCGGAGGAUGGGUGGAGCGUGAGACGUACUAC